UGAAUGAAGUCCACAUCCUGAGGUUAUAUCAGCUGGGGGCAGAGAUGUCUGUCCCUGUCCCUGAAAAGGCGGAUUUUUGGUCUCCAAACAACGGAAACGGACUGAGGAUCCACAAAGCUCCACCAGCAGGAGGAGGAGGAGGAACAGAGACCCGGACCUGCACGGACCACGAGCGGACUACAGACGGAUUAAACACCAUCAGCACACACUGAAACACCGUUCAACCCGGACUGAGGAUAUGGGGGAUAGACCAGGGACCAGGUGAGACUGACUGUUACCUGUCCGGAUCAGAGAGAGAGAGAGGAGAUCCGGACUCUAAUGGUGCUGUAGCUUUCUUCUCUGUGGAUUCGAACGUUGUUUUAACAAACUGUCGAUUAAUCGUAAUAUCGAAUGAUGAAGCGAUCAAACAUAGUUUGGUCCCGAGUGUCUCCAAAGUAAGAAGAACGGUAAAAUAUGUAUAAAUACGGAGUUUGCAUCAGGACAUGAGUCUGUCGUAACUUCCUGCUGUGAGGAACCAGACACGGUUUUAGUAGGAAGAGUCUUAAAACUGUUUUUGGUCCUUUCAAACGGAUUUAAUUCGUGAUUAUUGUAAGGGAGAGGCAGAGGAGGAGAGAAACCGGACUCAACCUGCAGCAUCUCUGAAUCCCACACUAUCGAUAUAAAAUCAGGUCCACGGAGAGGGAAACAUCCACAUCUUACAGUAGAUUCAGUCACUUUUUCAGGGCUACUGAAAACCCGGAUCCAUAUUUAGACCAGGGAAUUAAUCUGACUGUAAAUACAUGUCAAUGCUGUUUAAAUACCGUCCAAUUAUUCCAGUUGUACUCUGGAUCCGACAUGAAACAAGGAUUAUUAUGAACUGUUCAAUGUGCUUUGGUUUACAGUAUUCCUUAAAGAUUCUUAUAGCCGAACUACGGUGGCCCUAAAGGUCAACUGCACAAAUAUUGUAUGACCAUCAAGCCAUAAAUUAAUCUUUGUCUGGUUUUUAGUGCAACCAUGGACCAUGCAACACAAACCAGAACUAUGUAAAGAAAAAAAAGCAUUUCCAUGUUACACUAAAUAAAAACAUCAUAGGUUAAAAACAAGGCAUUGUACAUUUUUUAGAUUAAAAACAACUUCUGUCAAUCACCAGCAUUAACCCCUACAACAAACGGACUUCUUUACAUUUGUGUUAUAUCGCCUGGAGUUUCACCAUGAUCAUAAAUACAGCAGUGGCCUCAGGAAUAAGGUGGAUAGAGAAUACCGAUAGAAUAUCUCUGGAUUCAGAAAUACAAAAUCGAGAGAGAAAAAAGUCCAUUUCAGGCAAAAUAUUAAACAAAAUAAUAGAAAACAUUUCAUUAAAUAUGAAAGAGUCCCCUAAUCAUAGAACUGACACAUACAUAAAAAACUGAAAAGAAACCAAAGAGGGAUUUAAAAAAAAAAAUCACAAAACUUAAAACAUCUUUUUUUUGCAUAACUUAGUUUAAUCAGGAUGCAAAGACAAAUGAGCAAACAAAGAGAAAGUAUAAAAUAUUCACAAAUUUCUUCAAAUGUUAAACAGUAAGAAUGUUUAAUUAUAUAAUAAUAAAAGUACUACUAAUAAUAAUACUAUUGUGAAUUAUUUAAAAAAUAAAAAUCCAUUAAAAGUUUCAUAAAGCGCAAAAAAAUGUUUCAUGACACAGAAAAAAAACUCUCCAACAUGAGCAAAAAUGAACAACCCAUUAUUUUUGUGUUUGAAGAUGUUAUGUGCCUUUGUUUUCAUGUUGACCUUCAGGGCCACUAUACAUGACACUUCCACAUUAAACACACAGUGUCUUUAAUGUGUUUAUGUUCAGGGUCUGGGCCUCCUCGUCAGAGUGUGUCCCUUAUUUUGUGGAGCUGUUUCCUGUCCUCACUGCUGACAUCAGCAGCUCCACACUUUGCUGACUCUCUCUCUCCCACAUGUUUGGUUCUGUUUUUCCCUUCACUGUAAAGGGUUAACAGGAAGCUUCUUAGUAGAUGAUCAGGACAUGCUCUCUGUUCCUCUUCCCUGUUGUUAUCUCCUCAGAGAGAAAACGUUAGCACAUUCCUGCACUGAGGAACCAGCUGAUGGUGCUGAAAGCUGCAGCUGCAGAAAGCUGUUUCUGCUGGUCCUCACUUGUAGAUAUUUACAGUCUGAGCUGCUGCUGCUGUAAACAUGGACUCACUGGUUCAUAACAGAACUCAGUCGCAGACGGAUUCCUAGGAAACACUGAAGUGACUCAGGGGUCACAUUUCCAGGAAUCAACCUCCUCCUCCUCUUCUUUCUCCUGUUUGGACCAGAACAACAACUCUCCCUUUCAUCUCCUCUCCUUUCUCUUCUCAGCUGUAUGAUCUAAAUGUUGAGUUGAUUAGCGACCUUCAGAGACGCUUGAUGUUGUUUUUUGUUUCACAGUAAAUCUUUUAUCAGUUUAUUAAAGAGUCUUAUCGACUCUCAGAAGGAUGCUAAAGCUAGCUCUCGAACAGCUGCUGCUACUUCUUCAUUUCUCUUCCCUCUGCUCUAAACUCACGGUAUUACAGUUUUCUUAUUAAUAGCACAAUAUUAAGACAGUUACCUUUAAUUCUUUGCAGCACCAUGCUACCAUAAGAGCUAAUACAACAUGAUAUUACAGGACACACACAAUACAACUUAAUACUGUACAAUGCGCUCAAAUACACUGUGAUACAUUAUCAAAUGUGACAAAUAUGUCAAGAAAAAAAUACAAUAAAAUAUAAACCCAUAUUAUAUAUUGAUAUGAUACAAUAUGUGAAAUGAUAUAAGUAGUUAAACGACUCAAUACAAAGAGAUACGCUGUGAAAAAAUCUGGUAUAAUACAAAACUUUAAGAUGUGAUAUAAGGAGAAAUGACUCCAGACCUCUGUGAAAUAUGACACAUGACAAGAGGAGACAAGGUAGAAUCUGAUUUGAUACAACAGGAAACAAAAAAAUACGAUUCUUUUAAUGUCUCGUGGUUCCAGCUGAGACAGGACUGGUUACUGACUGGUUAAUCAAACUAAGUAAAAGGACUCUGAGUGCCCUGGGUUUGACCUGGUUAGCAUCCUCCUGCAUCAUGUGGUAAUCCUGAUGUUGACCUUUUUGAAAGGUCAGUAAAGACAGCUCACAUGGUCCUGCCUCAUGUCUGUGUUCUGGUACACAUGAGUCCAGUUAAAGUCAGACCAGGUCUCUGUUAAUGCUGACCUUCCUGUCCUCCAGUCCACUGUGCUGCUGUUAUGACUCUGUAUGAAAGACAGGAAACAGGAGCUCAUUAUACUGUUUCUCUUUAAUUGAUGUAAAAAGCUCUUGAGUUCCCACGCUCUGUUUUUGCCUCUGAGUGCACGACCCUGUGACCCUAAAACGUGCUCUGAAACACAGACCGCCCUACAUGGACAUGUAUGAGCUGCUGCAGAGAUCAUGUAGUCCACAUGCGCAAUCCCAGACCCUCAGUGUUGGUUUAAGCACAUACUGAAACAGUAUUUAGUUCACUGAGAGUGUGUUUGGGAACCUUGGAGGAUGAGGGGCAAAGGUGAAAAGUCCUGGGUACAAACAGAAGGGCCAAAGGGGUCAAAUAAAAACCAGCAUUACCAGUUGGUAGACAGAUAUCAGGAAACUGAGUGACAGCCCACCGACUACAUACAAACACGAACUGGAGCUUUUAAGGUUUCCACAGUCUGUGAUGGUUUGGGGUGCUGUUUCAUCUGCUGGUGCUGGUCUACUGUGUUUGUCCAAGUUCAGAGUCAACACCAACUACAGUCCACCAGGAGGUUUUAGAGACCUCCAUGGUUCAUCAGCUGAGAUGCUUUAUGGAGAUCCAGAUUUCCUGUAAUGAAUCCCGUAUCUGACUCUUUCUUUCUCUUCCUCUGCAGGGUCUUUAAGAAGUCCAGUCCAAACAGUAAGGUGGGUCUGUUUGGUCUUUCAGUUUAAGUAAUUUCAUCUUCCUGUUAUUAAUCGCUGUAAACACUUGUUUUUCUGCUCCACAGCUCACAGUUUACCUGGGGAAAAGAGACUUUGUGGAUCAUUUAGACCAUGUAGACCCAGUCGGUGAGUCUGAACACAAUCACCUCCACCUGAGCACUCAUGUCUGUUACUGUAGACUCAAAAGACGCAGGAGACGGGACCACUUCAGAUUUUAAAUUCUCAAUGUAACACCCAGUUCACCCACAUUAUGAUUUCAAGUUUAUGUAAAAAGCUGUGUCACAUCUCUCUUUGUUGCAGACUCUGAGUCUGAAAUGUGUGUUUUGUUUCCAGACGGAGUUGUCCUGGUGGAGCCGGAGUAUCUGAAAGAUCGGAAAGGUGAGAUCACAUGGAGAAACGCAGACCGGUGGAUUUAUUGACUGAGUUUUCAUGAACCUCUCUCUCUGUUCUCAGUGUUCGUGACCCUGACCUGUGUGUUUCGAUACGGCCGGGAGGACCUGGACGUCCUGGGUCUGUCCUUCAGGAAGGAUCUGUACGUCAGCACGGUGCAGGUCUUUCCUCCUCUAAAGGUGAAGGAGAAGACGGUGAGCCGCCUGCAGGAGAGGCUGCUGAAGAAGCUGGGAGAGCAUGCUCACGCUUUCACCUUUAAGGUACUACUAAGAGCUGCACCCUGAAGAAACCACAGACCAUAAACGGAGGCCUAGCUGGGUCAGUCACAGCAGAGACACAGCUCUGCUCUCGGGCCAUGAUCAGGAACCUCUAAAAAAACCUGUUUACCUCCAUUUAAGUCAAAUUAAGUGCUAAACAACCAUCUUUCUGCUCCUGUCUGAUCCGUCUACACCUGCACUCUGCUUUGUGUCUCUUUGUGGCAGAUCCCCCAGAACCUGCCCUGCUCAGUGACCCUGCAGCCAGCCCCAGAGGAUUCUGGGAAAGCCUGCGGGGUGGACUAUGAGCUGCAAGCGUUCUGCGCCAAAUCUGUGGACGAGAAGAUUCACCAAAGGUCAGAAAUUACCUGAGAAAUAAGCGUCUACACACCUGAGACACACACAGGCCAAAACCUGCAGAUUGAGGUGUUAACAAGCUCUCUGUAAGGUGGACUCUCAAAUACCUGCAGAAAUAGAGACCCCACUAAGGUUUACUCAAGUCAUGUGAUCCAAUAAAGACCAACAUCUAAUGAUGAGCCCCUCAUCCAUCAGUCUUCAUUAGAUCCGGUCUGAUUCCGUCAGUUUGUCCUGAGUUUAUAAUCAUAUACAAAGCUAAGCUGCAGUGUCUGGUGUAUAAAUAUACUUCUCUGUUAGAUGAUUAGAUGGUGCACCGCUUAACUAGCAACACGAGGUCAGACCCACCCUGAUCUACUCUGAGCCACACAGUAUAUGUUAGGUUUUUAAAACAGGGUCUCAGAAGGUUCAGAACUAUGAGACAAACACUCUGUUGUUUGCAGGAACUCAGUCCAGCUGGUGAUCAGGAAGGUCCAGUUCGCUCCAGAGAAACCAGGUCCUCAGCCGAUGGUGGAGACGAGCCGCAGCUUCCUGAUGUCAGACAGGUCUCUGCACCUGGAGGCUUCGCUGGAUAAAGAGGUAACACACACACACACACACACUCUCUCUCUCUCUCUCUCUCUCUCUCUCUCUCUCUCUCUCUCUCACACACAUACACACACUCACACACACAAACAGGGCUGAGUGUUUGUGUCUGUGCAGCUGUAUUACCACGGUGAGCCCAUCAGCGUCAACGUCCAGGUGACAAACAAUUCCUCCAAGAUGGUGAAGAAGGUGAUCGUCUCAGGUAACUAUGACGACGCUUCAUCCACAGAAUUCACCUGCUGCAUCUCUAAUCUGAUUUCAAUGAUCCUCAAAUCUCUCUCUCUCUCUCUCUCUCUCUCUCUCUCCCCUCUCAGUUCGUCAGUUUGCAGACAUCUGCCUGUUCUCCUUGGCUCAGUAUAAGUGUGCAGUCGCUCGGGUGGAAGCAGAGUGAGUCUGAAAACACUGACUGUGUUUCUGUUAAGGGUCAGAGGUGAUGAGGAUGUUAAAUAGAAACCUGGAUCUUUCAGGAAAUUUUUAUGUCUGUUCUUGUAUGAUUUAAGUGUUUCACCUUUAAUAUGGUUCUGUGUUUUCGCAGUUUGUUCUUAUUUUUUGGCCUAAAUAUAAACUGUCUGUUAAAUGUCUGCAGAAACUAGCCUGACAGUUUCUGCCCUUUUUGGGAGGUGACCCAGACUUCUCCUACGUUUAUUAAAUAUUCAUGUUGCUCUACAGCCAUCAGUCCUGAAACUGUUUCUCUAACACAGGCCAUUUUUUAAGGUUGGAAGAUGAGCCCUUUACCCGCAUUAACCCGACAAAAAAAUCAAAAAUAAUUAAUAAACCUUCUUAAAAAUAAACAUCAGAUAUCACACAGGAAUCAGGCUUUCUCAUUUUCCUGUCUCUUCCUGACCUUUGACCCCUCUACCCCUGACCUCAGGCACCAGGUGUGUCCCAGCUCGACCUCCUGUCAGGUCUACACUCUGACCCCCACAUUGGGCACCAACAGGGAGAAGAGGGGCCUGGCUCUGGAUGGGAAGUUAAAGCAUGAAGACACCAACCUAGCCUCCACCACCAUGUAGGAACACACCUAUGCAUUCAGAUUACCGUAAUAUGAUUUAACCCCUGCUUGUUUGCUCCUUAAGUCCAUGUGUAGUUUUAUUAUACGGACAGGCCGUUAACAUGUACACACACUGUUAAUUGGACAUGUUCAUUCAUUGUUGUCUGAAUCUGUCUGCUCUCUGCAGAGUCAAAGAAGGAGCCAACAAAGAGAUGAUGGGUGUCCAUGUUUCCUACAAAGUCAAGGUCAAACUGGUGGUGUCUCUGGGAGGGUGGGUCAUCACACGACUUGACACAACACUACACGACAUGACAUGAAGAGGGACUGAUGCUUGUAGAUGCAGCAGCUGUAAAGCAGACAGGUCUUCAGCAGCAGGACGUCUGCAGCAGCGAUCCAGAAGAACUGACAGGAUGACGGAGCUCAGGGUGUUUUUUAUAAGUAACAGUAUGAUUUGAUGCAGAAAAUUAGAUUACUCUGUGUUAUGAUACAUUAUUGUUUGAUGAACUACAUUUCCUUUAUUUUGACAUGUUUGAAUCCAAUAUAAUUUGACUUGAUUUGAUACUUAAUGACAAUGAUAUACUUAUAAGUUGUGCGUUGAUGUACUGUGAUUCAGUUCAGUAUAUGGUCAAUUUCGGUAGUGAAAACUCAAAACUGAGUGGUCAUAAAAACUGCAGUUCUUUCAGUGUCCUCUAGAGGCUGUCCCCUACAGUGAGUCAGUUCCCAUAGAGACCUGUGUUGUAAUGUGAGCUGUUUGCAGCCGCUGAACCGCCUCCUCAAAAAUAGUCAUGGUUGACCUUUACAAACUGUAAUAGCUGAUUUAGCUGCCUUUCUGAUCUGCAGUAUUAAAUUCACACACAAACUCUUAUUUUUGAACUAAACAAACAGCUUAAGUGUUUUUCUGUUCAGGUUGUGUACUUAGUGUGUUUGUGUGUGUGUGCAGGGAUGUUUCUGUGGAACUCCCAUUUGUACUGAUGCAUCCUAAACCUGCAGACCAGCCGGACUCACAACCACAGCCAGGUAGGACACACACAUAAACACGCAGAUAUCCAUACACACACAGAGGAGAUUAGAGCGUAAUGCUUUCUCUCUCUUUGUCUCCAGCUCCUCCUGAAGCUGCAGCUCUGGUGAACCUCAUGGAGUUUGACAUGAGGUAAGUGUGUGUUUGUACCAAGCAGCCUCUAGUACUGAGAAAUGAAGCUGAUGCAGGACUGUUUAAGACUGCAGUUCCCACUAGAGUCCACUAGAGUCUGUCUGCUGAAACACCAGAAACCACACACACACUAAUUCAAAAAGUUCAUGUUUGGAGCAGAAAUACGUUUACAGAAAAUCAUAUAUAUUGAACUGAUUCUUCAGACAAAUAUUGCAUUUUAGUGUGCAGUUUGGAAAUGGAAAUUGCAAAUGGAACAAAGUCUGUAACAACAAAGAGACCUUCUCUGUCUGGCUUCUCAAAGUAAAGAUAAGUAUCAUCUGCAUACAGUCUAACCAUGCGUGGUAAAUAACAGAAACAGACGACGGUGUUGACAGAGUAAGACUCUGAAGUACCUAAACAGACUUUGUGUGUCUGAUGGAAACCAUUCUGUCAUAGUUUGAUAUCAUUAUUAUGUUUCUUCUUUUCCUAGUACACCAUCUCCUGCUGAAGAGCUUGUGUUUGAGGACUUUGCUCGUCUGGGGUUAACUGGGAAGAAGGAUGAAGAUGAACCCCUGUUUUAGUCUCUGCUGCUGCUGCAGGGUCAGAUAUCUGAAUUAAGCUUACAAACAACCUGAAUACCAAAGAAUAAGAAGAUGUGCAGACACCCUGAGUUUAUUAAUGAUAAAAGGGAACAUGUAGCUUCAGUUAGCAGAGUCAUUGUAUUUCAUGUUGUUUUAUAUCAUACAUGCUGCUUCAAACAGAGGAAUAAAGGUAUAUUUUUAUAUUGACAGCAGGUCAGUUGAUAUAUUCAGGCAUCACUAACAGAGGAACCUCUAAAUUACUGCUUCUUUAACCUUUUUAUGCAGAAAUAGAUCACAGGCAGAACAAGCAAGAGUAUUAAAAUAAGUCCAGAGGAAGGCUUUUAUUUUGUAGGAACUUCUUGUACAAGUUUUAAAUAGAUGUUUUGUCCUUGUCCAGACUUAUUAGCCUUUACACGCACACUAAAUUCAGCUGUAUUUUAAAGAGUUCCUCUAGCCACUGUGAAACUAUAUUUGGAUUAAAGUUUGUUUUGCACCUA